CAAACGCAGGCGGUGAUUGGGCAGUGCAAAUGUCUCAUCUCCCCUUGUCCACCGAGCACCGGUUGAGCACAUUCUGUCACUUCUCCCGUUAAAUGGAGGAACGUCCCUGCGAAGGGGCAAUCGGAAUAUAUGUCAGUCAUGGAGCAGAGAACGGCCCUGAUCGAUCGAACAUAUCGGUAAACAAUGAUCAGAACCACUGUCAGUUCCAGAACGAGAAAACGCAGACGAAGAAAACAGAAAAUGGCAAAAUAAAUGGAACUCUGAAGGAGGGAGAGGUGACUCCCACUUCCUUUAACCCAGACAGCUCCCAGCACCCUGCAAACAGCAAUGGCAACAGACACCUACUAGAAACCAACUUGAAAAAGAAGCCCACUCAACGGGCCUUCGUCACUGGCUCAACAGGGGACAGAAAAAGUAGAAACACUAGCAGAAACAAUAUGAACUUCAAAAAUGAUAAGUCCUCGGAGCUGAACACACUUGAGGGCAAAAAAGAAGCUUUGGCUGCUCUGAAUGGUGUGGUGUCGCUCAAUUCUGUACCAUUUACCAACGGUUACCCCAGCAAACCUGGAGCUGACAAUGAUGGCAGUGGCUCAGAGAGUGGAUACACUACUCCAAAAAAGUGCCGGACCCAGAUAAAUGGCAAAGCUGGGGACAAUGUGACUGCUUUUACCCAGGGAAAAGCCAUGCAGCAGGGCAGCCAACAAGAUCAUGGGCCUGCGGCACCAGAGUCAGCCGAUAGAGCCACAGGCUCUCAGGUGGACAGUGGCAGAGCUGGUUCAAAAGGAGAAGGUAAUCCAGGUUGCUAUUCAAAAGCCAAGGAACUACCUGCGUCUGCCACCCCACCUCCUCUGCCAGUGGCUGAGCUUCAGUGUAAGAACUCUGACAUCAAAGCAGCUGGCAAAAAGUUUGAGGACCGGUCAAGCAAGGUUAAGGUGGCUGCAUCCACCAAAGAGGACUCAUGGACCUUGUUCAAGCCUCCUCCUGUCUUUCCUGUGGAUAAUAGUAGCGCUAAGAUUGUGCCUAAGAUCAGUUAUGCAAGCAAAGUAAAGGAGAACCUCAAUAAGACUGCCCAAGCUGGUGGGGAGGCUCUCACUCCUGCUCCCCAGGUGCCUGGGAGACCACCACAGGUCCCCAUGUCUGCGGUGAAAACCAUCACCUCGGCUAGCUUUACUAAUGGUCCCCUGUUGGGGGAUGGGAAUGGCUUUCCCCUGCCUGGACCCCAUUUCAGCUCAACAGCAAGCACUGGUCCUCUGCUAGUGUCCCCAGCUGUUGCUACUGAGAAUGUAGCAUCUCCCACUGGCAGUGGUACUACCGCCAUUGGAAUUUCCACCACCUCUUUGGCUGAGCCUAGGAAGUCCAGCCUGUUUGUUUACCCCGUUAACACCUCCAAUAUGCAACUUUCGCUCCCUAGUGGCCGCCAAGCCGAUCCUCCGGCUGCUCAGACAAAUCAGAAGUCUCUGGGGGACAUUUUUCAGAAUCAGUGGGGCUUGUCCUUUAUUAAUGAGCCGAGUGCUGGACCAGAGGGUGCGGCUUAUCGCUCGAACGGAAAGGAUAUGCUGGUGGAGGUGAGCUUUCAGGGAGGCUGUCCUGCUACAGUGGCCACUCAAACUUCCAGUACCUCUCAGAGACUGGAUCAACCACCCUUCCCCAAGGCUCAUGAGCCAGACAAACGAACUAACGCUCAGAAUCUGAGUAAAGGUCUGAACAGCGGUGCCCCUGUGGCAAGUGGGUCUGUACCCGAAACCUCUGUCCUUAGCCUGGAUGCCCAGAGAGAUGAGACUGGGGUUCAUGGUGCAAUAGUGUUUUGUUCUUCCUCUAAGGACAUUUGUGCCGAGCUGCCUCCCACCUCCCCAGCUGCACCUAAGGUGGCUUUGACCAAGGACCAGGGCCAUACUAAGAGCUUUGACAGGAGGUCUAGUUGGGGGUCGUUUGAUCUAAAAGCUGCUGUAAUUUAUCACACUAAAGAAAUGGAAUAUAUUUUGAAUUUGCAAAAACAAGAUCCAAAUCGAGUAAUCCUGUACAGCGAGUCAUGGGAUGGACAUGCUCAGUGAGGCUGCGUCUGGACCUUAUAUCUCAGCUGAAUUCUGCUGCAAAAGACGUCCUUGAGGAACAUGGCUGCUGCCUCUAAACAUCCUGAUUCAGAACUAAUCCAAUCUUAAGAUGGUUUAGAAAGACCUUGUUACUAGUCAGCAGUCAAGGCUAAGCGCAAAGGACAAGAGUGCGCUUAAAAAACGGGUUAGCUGGUUUUAGAAUAUUAGAAAGGAAGGACCGGAGCUUUUGAACUCGACUCUAAUGCGAUCUAGUGGAUAUGUUGCUGAAGACAAUUCAAAUGACUUUGGGGACAUGCAAUUCACAUGUAAAACACUCAUGAUAACCAUGUUAUGACAUUUGUUUGGGCAGAAGCUUCUCCUUUAAGUACUCAUGAACCUAAAGAGAGCUGUCUUCAUCUCAAGCCUCCUGGGGAAGAUGAUGUGUCACCAUGUUUCCCAUGUUUUCUCUCUUGAAUUCAAAUGAUCAUGUAGACUCAAAGUGGUCUUGUGUGCAUACACAUUGAAUUCAUUUGGGCACAGAAAAGAAGACAUAAACCUCGAGUGUUGCUCUCUGAAAUAACAUACUGUGGCAAGAGGAACUACAUGGCUUUUUUGUCAUUCAGGGGAUUUGAGCUCUAUAUGUCUGGGGGGCAGAUUGUUCAAACCUUUGGGAUUAAUAAUUGUCUUAAUUUAAUUUCUGGACAAGAUUGGGUCAGUCUUGUUAGUGACGCGUCAACCUGUUUUUGUUUUUUCUUCUUUUCCUUUUCAUUGAAAAACAUAAAAACUCCCAAGGUAGGUUAUGAGGUACACUUCGACUGGGGAACUGUACGCCCUGUAGUGUGCAUGUGCAGUAUGCUGCUCUGUGCGUCCUCUUUUGGAAGAAUUCAAAAUGCUAUCGUUCAACAGUCUUAUUGUCGUCUCUUCACGCUUCUGUCACCUGACAGCCGUUCCAGUCUCAUUGUGUGAGAGUGUGUAAACUGAGGGCAGAGAGCGCGAAAUAAUGUUUUAUCUUGAGUGUUUUAUGUUUUUAGUUCUAAAUAGCAAUUAGAACCCAGAACUAAUCUCUAAGAUGUGCCACACUUUACAGUUGCUUUAGCUCCAACGCUAAUAGGUACAUCACAGAUAUUUUAGUUCCUAGAGGGAUUCUGCUCUUUCUUUGGUCUAGUUCAAUAAAACUGCUCUUCUAGUUAGGGUUUUAUUUUUGCCCAGAAAGGCAGUAGUAACUGCUCUGUUGGACUACACAAGUUAGGGGAACCCAGAGAGCAGUUGCUGGCAAAAGAUCCAGCGUUUAUGUUUUACUCCAGAGACUAGAAGCCUAGGCAUCCAUGCUUAGCUUUUUAUUGAGCACCACAAUCAUCCAGUCACACUUAAUGGAGUUUGGUUUAUGCUUUGGUUUAUUUUCUUGUAUGUGUUUUCCUUUUUUUCAUACCUGGUUUCCAGCUUAUUGGUUAAACGCUUGCUAAAGCACUUAUGAGCCUCAUCAAUAGAACCGCUGUUGACAGGAAUUCUUCUGUCUUGUAAAUGUUCUCUAUCUAUUGUCUGAAAAUGCAUUCUAAACUUAAGUCUCUCCUGUUUUAUCAUUUCACAAAUUAAUUGAGUUCUACAUAAAAAUCAGUAGCACUUUAUGUAUUAUGUUCUUGAAUUGUAUUUCCUUAAACACUGACAUAUCAGUACAUAUUUUAAAUUCUAGUAAUUAAUCAUAGGCUACUAACUUUAACCUUCACCUAAGGACUGCCGGUCCAAAAUUGCAAAAGAAAAUAAAUAUACAAAAAAAGUGAAGAGAAAAAAAUGUAAAAAAUAAAGAAAAUAAAAAGACACUCAGGUAGAAUUAGGGCAGUGUUCUUCUGACAAAAAUUCACCGACAGUGUUAUUGCCAAAAAUGAAAACGUCCCAUGUUUGUACCAGCUUUUUUUUUUAAUUAACCUUUGAGGGAACUGAGUUAAGUUUUGACUGAAAGCAAAGCUUGCCUACCUUUAGAGGUAUCAUUUUGCAUCAAUGUUUUCUGUACAUAACCAUGAGGCACUGCCAGGUGAAAAGAUUUCACAUGGAAAACGUUAACCACACUACGUAUUUGUAAGUCAUUCUCUUGUAUUUUAUUAUUUUAUUUUAUUUUUUUACAAGAUUUUCCGGUUCCAGUUUCAAAAAGCAGCAUACAAAGAUUUCCAAUGUGGUCUACAUUUACUUUUGUUGACGAAACUUGGGAUGUGUUGAUAUAGUUCUAAAUCGAGUUUCUGUUCUUGAGAUAUCCAAGGUCUGUUCGGUGUGUUGGUUAAAAAAAUACUGCAAAAGCUUCAGUGUUGUCAUCUGAUAUUAAAAGGAUAGUUCACCCAAAGUGAAAAUUAUGUCACCGUUGCUCACCCUCAUGUUACUUUUUUCUUCCACUGAAUACAAAAGGAGAUGUUAGGAAGGAUGCUAGUCUCUUGUCUCCAUCCACUUUCAUUGUGGCUGUUUUUUUUAUUUUUAUUUAUUUUUUUUUUUUUCUCUCCAUACAAUGAAAGUGAAUUGUGACUAACAUGCUGCCUAACAUCUCCUUUUGUGUUCCAUGGUGGGGAAAAAAGUCAUACGGGUUUAGAACAACAUGAGGGUGAGUAAAUUAUGGCAUAUUUUUUCAUUUUUGGUUGAACUUUCCCAUUAAAACUAAGAUGUAAGGUUUAUCAAUUCUGCUUCAUCUUCUCUAAUUCCGUUUGGAUUCCACUUAAAAGCAGCUUUGUGCAAUGCAGAGCAUUCCUGCAGUGAUAAUUAGAUUAUUUCUUUGCUUUUUAGAUGCACAUGCUUCUUUUGAGUUUUUAGUUAUCUAAAUAGUGUCUUUAAAGAGCUCACAUAGAGCAUUGUUUUAUUUAUAUACAGUACUGUGCAAAAGUUUUAGGCAUUUGUGAAAAACUUUCAAAGUGAGGAUUUCUUUAAAAGAAUAAUGACAUAAAUUUUUCAUUAAUCAAUUAACGUCAUACAAAGUCCAGUAAACAGAAAAAGAGCUAAAUCAAUAUUUGGUGUGAACACUUCUGCCUUCAAAACAGCAUCAGUUCUCCUACUUACACCUGGACACAGUUUUUCUUGGUUGUUAGCAGAUAGGAUGUUCCAAGCUUCUAUUCUAUUUGCAAAAGAAAUGUUUGGGAGUAUAAAAUUUAUAUUUCCUAUUGACACACUAAAGUAGUAGACAUAAAUAACCAUCUUAAGCAAAUGUUUUUGUGAAACAUCUUAUGUGCCUAAGACUUUUGCAUAGUACUGUGUGUGUGUGUGAGUGUGUGUGUGUGUGUGUAUAUAUAUAUAUAUAUAUAUAUAUAUAUAUAUAUAUAUAUAUAUAUAUAUAUAUAUAUAUAUAUAUACACGCACACGCACACAGUAUUGUGCAAAAGUUUGAGGCACUUGUGAAACAUGUUGCAUAGUGAGGAUUUCUUCAAAAAUAGUGCCAUAAUUAGUUUUCAUUUUUCAAUUAACAUCAUAUAAGUCUAGUAAACAUAAAAAAAAACCCUAAAUCUAUAUUUGCUGUGACAAACACCAGCACAGCAUCAGCACCAAUUCUCCUAGGGACACAGACAGUUUUUCUUGGUUGUUGGCAGAUAGGAUGUUCCAAGCUUCUUGGAGAAUUUGCCACAGUUCUUCUAUAUAUUUAGGCUGACUCAAUUGCUUCUGUCUCGUCAUGUAAUCCCAGACUGACUCGAUGUUCAGUGGGGGUCUCUGUGGGUCCAUGCCAUCUGUUGCAGGGCUACAUGUUCAUCUAUUCUAUUUGCAGAAGGAAUGUUUGGGAGUCUAAAAUGUAUAUUACCUAUUGACACAUUACAGCUAAAGAUAUAAAUAACCAUCUUAAGACAAAUGUUUUUGUUAAACAUCUUAUGUGCCCAAGACUUAUGCACAAUACUGUAUAUAUAUAUCCAAGGGAUGUGCUUAAGGAGUUACUGAUGUAGGCAUAAUUUAUAACCAUCUGUUAUUACAUUAAGUUAAUUAUGAAAUACCUCUUUGAACACGCAAUAUAGGUAUCCCUAUUUUCUCGAUCUCUCAGUCACAACACUUUUUGUACUCCCUGUCAAUAGAACUGUGCCAGGGCUUUGUUUAAAACUAAACUCCAUGGGUCAGAUGCACAUAUAGAGGUUCUAUGCACAAAAAGCUAAUAGAACUAAGUGUAUAUUUUGGGGUGUUGCACAUUAGCUUAAUUUUUCUCAGAUCAAAUAAGCACUUAAUAUCCCACAAAUAAUAUAAUUGCAAUAUAAAUUAUUUACAUAAAUCUUAAAAUAUCUAUCUCCUUCAGCUCCCCUUAUCUAGUGUUUAAAGCAAUGAGUGCACGGUGUACAGGUGGGAGAGAGGUAUGGCUAUACUUAAAUGAUAUGUUUGAUUGUGAAACCUUUACCAAGACCUUUGCAUCGUUGUUGGCAUAUUCGAAUUUCAUGUGAUUGCUUGACGUGUGAAUGAGAUUUCUUGUCCUGUCCUUACAACUCAAACUGUUUUUGCGUGUGGAUGCAUGUGUUCGUGUGCAUGUGUAUCUGUCUUCAGCCAUACGCUCGAUUAUAUGCAAAGUCAAUGUUGCAAACUUUUCAAGUUCAGGGUGCCUGUGUUAAAUGAUAUAUUAAACAGAAUCACAUUAGAACAUGAAAAAACUCUUGCUUUUCCUUUCUCCCUUCCCACACACCCAACUCUCUAACCCUCCCCCCAACAAUUUUCAGUUGUGCCAUGUUUUGACUGUUAAAAGUUUGAAUUAAUAUUUCAUUGUUAUGUUGCUCUCUCUGAAUUUCCAACAGUGGACAUGAAGAGGGGGUUACAUGCUGUCUCAAGAAUAUUUGUCACUGCUAAUAAACUUGUUCAAAAACA